AUGACCACCAACGCCAGCCCCACGCACCCCUACUGGCCUCAGCACCUGAGACUAGACAACUUUGUGCCUAAUGACUGCCCCACCUGGCAUAUCCUGGCUGGCCUCUUCUCCGUCUCUGGAGUCUUAGUGGUGACCACAUGGCUAUUGUCAGGGCGUGCUUCGGUCGUCCCACUUGGGACUUGGCGGAGACUGUCCCUGUGCUGGUUUGCAGUAUGUGGGUUCAUUCACUUGGUGAUUGAGGGCUGGUUCAGCCUCUACCACGCGGACCUUCUUGGAGACCAAGCCAUCUUAUCUCAACUCUGGAAAGAGUACGCCAAGGGAGACAGCCGAUACAUCCUGGAUGAUAACUUCAUAAUAUGCAUGGAGACCAUCACGGCUUACCUGUGGGGACCACUCAGCCUGUGGGUGGUGAUCGCUUUUCUCCGCCAGCAACCCCUCCGCUUUGUCCUACAGCUUGUGGUCUCUGGGGGUCAGGUAUAUGGAGAUGUGCUCUAUUUCCUGACAGAGUACCGUGAUGGAUUCCAGCACGGAGAGCUGGGCCACCCACUCUACUUCUGGUUUUACUUUGUCUUCUUGAACGCCCUGUGGCUGGUGCUGCCCGGACUCCUCAUACUGGAUUCUAUAAAGCAACUUGCUCAUGCCCAGAGCAUACUGGAUGCCAAAGCCCCAAAAGUCAAGAGCAAGCAGAACUAA